UAUUUUUCCAAUUUGGAGGAACGGAAGAGAGAGAAGAGAGGAGGUUGGAAUUAGGGUUUUUGAAGAAGCAGCAGCAGCAAUGGAAGGAAUCACAGAGGGAGUGAAUAACAUGAGCGUUUCUGAGAUUCAAAACCAAAAGAAGAAUCGAAUUCAAGUCUCCAACACCAAAAGAUCCCUUUUCUUCUAUGUUAACCUCGCCAAGAGGUAUAUGCAGCAGUACAAUGAAGUGGAACUCUCUGCUCUUGGAAUGGCUAUUUCAACAGUGGUGACUGUUGCUGAAAUUCUAAAAAAUAAUGGAUUUGCUGUUGAGAAGAAGAUCAGGACACUUACUGUGGACAUGAGGGAUGAGCCAGGAGCACGGCCAAUACCGAAAGCAAAGAUUGAAGUAGUGAUGGGAAAGACAGAGAAGUUUGAUGAGUUGAUGGCUGCUGAAGCAGAGCAAAACGGCGACAACGAGGAGUAAAGCUGAAGCCCUCGGUUCUUUCGUAAUGGUUUUAGUAAUCCACGUAACUGCAUUCUUGAAUUCAGAAGAGAUAAGAAGGUUAACUGUUCUUGGUACUUUUGGUCUAUGAUUGGAUCUGUUGAGUUUAGUAGUUUACCCUCUACCGCAUUCAUAAUUUGUAAAAAGAAAAAAAUUGAAUUUCAUUAAAUCGUGGAUGUGUUAGCAAGCUGUGGCAUUACAUUUAGUAGCGCAAAUUUAACAGAAUAUCAAGCAAUUGAUAAGAUUUAUCCA